GUCCCAGAAUGCAGGGCACGGGGUCUCAUGCUUCCAGAGGGGCAGUGCCACAGCCAGAGUAUGAGGGUGGCCCCACCCAGCCUUUUCCUCCUGCCAACACCUGCGCUGACUCACGGCUGACCUCCUAGCUGCCCGGGUGAGGGCUGAUGCCCCAGAGUGCAGCCGCCGUCAGAGGCGGCUAUAAAAGCACCCUGGCCCGGGCCCCAGCAUCUUCCUUGGUCGUCAAGGUCGCUGCGCCAUGCUGGGAGGCCUGGGGAAGCUUGCUGCUGAGGGCUUGGCCCACCGCACUGAGAAGGCCACCGAGGAAGCCGUUCAUGCCGUGGAGGGGGUAGUGAAGGAGGUGGUGGAGCACGCCAAGGAGGCUGGAGAGAAAGCCAUUGCCGAAGCCUUCAAGAAGGCCCAGGAGACAGGGGACAAAGUGGUAAAGGAAGUCACUGAGACUGUGACCCACACAGUCACAAAUGCUGUCACCCAUGCAGCGGAAGGCCUGGGUAACCUGGGACAGUGACCACGCCCGAGACUCUUCCUGAAUCUCAAUAAAGAGCUGUGAAAUGUG